UCUUACCAGACUCUCAUUUGUCCAGUAAUGAACCACUCCCUUCUAUAAAAAAGGUAAAAAACACCUAUCUCUUCACUCUUCUUCACUCUCAAACUCAACAAACAAACAUACUGUCUCUCCCUCUCUCUCUAAGGGGUGCUCUGAGAUCACAUAGAACAAUGGUGAAGGCUGUAGCUGUUCUUAAUAGCAGUGAAGGUGUGAGUGGCACCAUCUUCUUUACCCAAGAAGGAGAUGGCCCAACUACUGUAACUGGAAACCUUUCUGGUCUUAAGCCAGGCCUUCAUGGCUUCCACGUCCAUGCCCUUGGAGACACCACAAAUGGCUGCAUGUCAACUGGGCCGCAUUUUAAUCCUGUAGGCAAGGAGCAUGGUGCCCCUGAGGAUGAGAAUCGUCAUGCUGGUGAUCUGGGAAAUGUCACUGUUGGUGAUGAUGGCACUGCUACUUUCACAAUCAUUGACAAACAGAUUCCUCUUACUGGACCACAUUCCAUUAUUGGAAGGGCUGUUGUUGUUCAUGGAGAUCCUGAUGAUCUUGGCAAGGGAGGACAUGAACUCAGCAAAACCACUGGUAAUGCUGGUGGCAGAGUAGCAUGCGGUAUUAUUGGUCUGCAAGGUUGAACUGCUUCACUCUGCCACAGCACCGCCAUAGUCUCCUGACAAUGCAGUCGCAAAUAUAUCAACCCUCUAGCAUAAAGAGAGUUCUGAUGACCAGUACUCAGCCUGAAUAAAAGAUCGAACCCUAAUAUGCUUGUUUGGUGGAUUGGUUUUGUAGCCGAAAAUGGUGUGUUCUGUUUGAUCUUUAUUUUCUACAGCUUGGUUCCUUGUUGGAUGGUUCGAAUUUUCCUUGAAAUAUUGUGUUUAAUUCCCAGAGAA